AUGAAGAGGCCCCUGAUUUUGUGCGUAGCCUUCUCAGCGUGCCUAGCGCUCGCCGCCGCGGGCUGGUCUUCCGGCACCGCCACGUUCUACGGCGGACCCGACGGCUCCGGCACCAUGGGUAAGCAAGCUCUUAAUAAUUAUACAUUGCAUCCAUUUUGCCGCAAGAGCUACGCACAUUUUGCUAACCGCGCGCAUGCACGUACCAAUGCAGGUGGCGCGUGCGGGUACGACAACCUGUACAACGCCGGGUACGGCGUCAACAACGCGGCGCUGAGCUCAACGCUGUUCAACGACGGCGCGUCGUGCGGGCAGUGCUACCUCAUCACCUGCGACACGUCACGUCCGGGCGGUAAGUCCUGCAAGCCCGGCAACUCCAUCACGGUCUCCGCCACCAACCUGUGCCCGGCCAACUACGCGCUGCCCAACGGCGGGUGGUGCGGCCCAGGGCGCCCCCACUUCGAUAUGUCGCAGCCGGCAUGGGAGAAUAUCGGCGUCUACAGUGCCGGCGUCAUCCCGGUCCUGUACCAGCAGGUCCAGUGCUCGCGCACCGGCGGCGUGCGCUUCAGCAUCGCCGGCUCCCAAUAUUUUCUGCUCGUCAACAUCCAGAACCUCGCGGGCAGUGGUUCCGUGGGCGCCGCCUGGGUGAAGGGCGACAAGACGGGGUGGAUCCAGAUGUCCAGGAACUGGGGCGCCAACUGGCAGGCGCUCGCUGGGCUCGUCGGCCAGGGGCUCAGCUUCGCCGUUACCAGUACCGGCGGGCAGUACAUUCAGUUCUGGAAUGUGGUGCCUGCUGGGUGGUGGCAGUUCGGACAGACCUACACCACAACACAGAAUUUCUACUACUAA